AUGGCACAAGGGUCCCGUGCACUGCACGAACACGUCGCCACGACGAUGCAGGCCACGCUCGGCCAACCGCUCCCGCAGAUGGAGGUGCGGCUCCACAACGUGUCCGUGUCUGCCGACAUCGUCGUCAAGGAUGAGACCGACCUCAAGACGGAGCUACCCACGCUCAUCAACACCGUCAAGAUGGCUGCCAUUCGCAUGAUCGCCAAGAAGCACGUGGUGACCAUAACCAUCCUGCGCAACUUCAGCGGCGUGUUCAAGCCGGGCUCCAUGACGCUCGUGCUGGGCCAGCCCGGCUCCGGCAAGUUCUCGCUGCUCAAGCUGCUAGCCGGCAGGCUCCCGACCGACAGGCGCGUGCGCGUGGACGGUGAGGUGACGUACAAUGGCGUUCCACAGGAAGAGCUGCGCGCGCGACUGCCGCAGUUCGUGUCCCUGGUAGAUCAGCAUGACAAGCACUUCCCGACGCUCACGGUCAAGGAGACGCUUGAGUUCGCCCACGCGUGCACUGACAGCAGGCUGCCGAAGCAUGAGGAGAAGCUGUACUCGUGCGGGACAUCUGAACAGAACCAGGCAGCGCUCGACGUCCUUCGAGCCAUGUACGAGCCCCACCCGGACGUGGUGAUUCGUCAACUCGGUCUGGAAGCGUGCCAGGACACGAUUCUGGGCAACGCCAUGCUGCGCGGUGUGUCGGGCGGCGAGCGCAAGCGCGUGACGACUGGCGAGAUGGAGCUCGGCAACAAGUUCGUGCUGCUGAUGGACGAGAUCAGCACGGGACUCGACAGCGCAGCGACGUUUGACAUCAUCUCGACGCAACGCAGUCUGGCCACGACGUUACACAAGACGGUGGUCAUCUCGCUCUUGCAGCCGUCCCUGGAGGUGUUUGCUCUCUUCGACGACGUCAUUCUGCUAAACGACGGGUACGUGCUGUACCAUGGCCCCGUAUCGGAGGCGCAGGCGUACUUCGAGCGAUUGGGCUUCAAGUGCCCCGAGAACCGCGACGUCGCCGAUUUCCUGCUGGAUCUGGGAACGGACAAGCAAAAGCAGUACGAAGUGGGGGCGUGUCCGGCCAGUGCGCGCGAGUUCGCGGACGCCACCUCCCAUUUUAUGCACGUUCGGCCAGAGUUCCACCAGAGUUUCUGGGAUGGCACUCGCACGCUGAUCCAGCGUCAAGUGACGGUAAUUCUGCGCAAUAGAGCUCUCCUUAAGAGCCGGCUGUUGAUGUCUCUGUUGAUGGGGCUGUUGAACGGCAGUACCUUCUUCCAGUUCAACGAAGCAGACGCGCAGGUGGUUAUUGGCAUGGUGUACGUGGCGAUCAACUUCGUGACGGUCGGUCAGUCCGCCCAAAUGCCGAUCUUCAUGAACCUCCGCGACGUGUUCAACAAGCAGCGUGGGUCGCAUUUCUUCUGGACGUCUUCGUUUGUCUUGGCCACGUCUGUGAGUCAGAUUCCGCUGGCGCUGAUGGAGACUCUACUUUUCGGCUCCAUAAUCUACUGGAUGUGCGGGUUUGUGUCGACGGCCGUGGGGUACUUACUGUUCGGGCUGGUCCUGUUCCUCACCAGUAUGAUGUUCGCCGCUUGGUUCUUCUUCCUCGCCGCCGUUCUACCAGACAUGAACGUUGCGGGGCCGGUCAGCCAACUCUCGCUCUUCUUCACGACGCUCUUCUGUGGCUUCGUGAUCACGAGAGGGCAAAUGCCUGACUAUAUGCUGUGGAUGUAUUGGCUCAGUCCUCAAGCUUGGAGCCUUCGCGCGUCGACUGUGAACCAGUACACGGACCCUCAGUUCAAUGUGUGCGUUUACGAAGGUGUCGACUACUGCGAGACGUACGGCAUAACGAUGAGCGAUUACUCCUUAAGCUCAUUUGAUGUUCCUACGCGGCGUAUGUGGCUGUGGCUCGGCAUUGGUUACUUGAUCGGCAUGUACAUCGUCCUUAUGUGGGUCGCUUGGGCUGUUCUGGAGUUUCAUCGCAUUGAGGAGCGCCCAAACGUGGUUCUGAAAGACACAGAGACGUCUUCAACGUCUACGGAUUAUACUGCGUUGGCUACUCCAAGAGCAGCCGAAGUGAACAAGUCAUCCGGCAGCGAUGUUUCGAUCCCAAUGACUCAGCCGGCCGACGAAAAGUUCAUUCCGGUCACGUUGGCGUUCAAUGACUUGUGGUACUCCGUGCCCGAUCCAGCGCGGCCCAAAGACACUAUUGACUUGCUCAAAGGCGUCAGCGGGUACGCCCUACCAGGCACCAUCACCGCACUCAUGGGGUCCUCCGGUGCAGGCAAGACCACGCUCAUGGACGUCAUCGCCGGACGCAAGACUGGAGGCCAGAUCCGAGGUGAAAUCCUGCUCAACGGCCACCCCGCAACAGAGCUGGCCAUCCGUCGAGCCACGGGCUACUGCGAGCAGAUGGACAUCCACUCGGACGCGUCGACGUUCCGCGAGGCACUGACGUUUAGUGCCUUCCUGCGCCAAGACGUCGAUGUUCCUGACAGCCAGAAGUACGACUCGGUGAACGAGUGCCUCGAGCUGCUGGACUUGCACCCGAUCGCCGACCAGAUCAUCCGCGGCAGCUCGACGGAGCAGAUGAAACGCCUGACCAUCGGUGUGGAGCUGGCAGCGCAGCCGAGCGUGCUGUUCCUGGACGAGCCGACGAGUGGUUUGGACGCUCGAUCGGCCAAGCUCAUCGUGGACGGUGUGCGCAAGGUGGCGGACACGGGGCGUACCGUCGUGUGUACGAUCCACCAGCCGUCGGCUGUGGUGUUCGAAGUGUUCGACAGUCUUCUGCUGCUGAAGCGCGGCGGUGAGAUGGUCUUCUUCGGAGAUCUCGGUGCGAAGGCGACCAAGCUGGUCGAGUACUGCGAAUCGAUCGACGGCGUGGCGAGGCUUGAGAAAGACUACAACCGAGCGACGUGGAUGCUGGAGGUCAUCAGCGCAGGAGUGGGCAAUGACAAUGGGUCGAAGACGGAUUUCGUGUCGCUCUUCAAGUCGAGCGCGCAGUUCCGUCGACUUGAAUCGGAUCUGAAUCGCGGGGGUGUUGCCCGUCCUUCGCCCUCUUUGCCGGCGUUGGAGUUCAAGCGCAAGCGCGCGGCGAAUAACUGGGUGCAGGCGGCGUUCUUGACCAAGCGGUGGUGCGAUUUGUAUUGGCGAACGCCGUCAUUCAACUUGACUCGGUUUAUCGUGUCGAUCGUCUUGGCGAUCUCACUCGGAAUUUCGUACUUGAACACGGAGUACAUCUCAUACCAAGGCGUCAACUCAGGCAUGGGGAUGGUGUACAUGGCGGCGGUGAACGUGACGAUUAUCACCUUCAAUGGCUCACUUCCGAUCGCGUGCAAGGAGCAGACAGUGUUCUACCGUGAGCGAGCAUCCGAGUCCUAUGGCGCGUUCUGGUACUACGCCGGCGCUACGCUCGUCGAGAUUCCGUACUGCUUCGGCUCGACUUUGUUGUUUCUAGCGAUAUUCUACCCGAUGGCUGAGUUCACGGGCGUCGCUGCGUUCUUCACAUUCUGGCUCAACUUGUCGCUAAUUGUGCUGCUGAUGGCCUACUAUGGCCAGUUCCUCGCGUUCUUGCUGCCAAGCCUUGAGGUCGCGUCAGUGUUUAUGGUGAUCGUCAACAUUGUCUGCACCCUGUUCACCGGGUUCAAUCCUCCCGCGGUCGCUAUCCCCCGCGGCUACAAGUGGAUCUACCACAUCGUUCCGAACAAGUACGCGUUUGCCAGUCUGGCUGCUAUUGUAUUUGGCGACUGCCCCAGUGAUCGAGACGGCAGUGCGCGAGGCUGCCAAACGAUGACUGGUACUCCCCAGAGCUUGCCCCAAGGCGUCACCUUGAACGACUAUCUCGAAACCACGUUCCUCAUCAAGCACAGCGACAUUUAG